AUGCGUCUCAUGCCAAACCUUUGUGGUCCGGGAGAGAGGAAAAGACGCUUAUACGCCAAUAUAAUAAACUCUGUCGUCUUGUACGCGUCACCAAUUUGGGCCCAUAUAGCCAAUAAGAAGCAAAUUAAAGAGAAAAUGAGAAGGAUUAAAAGACACGUGGCCCUUAGAGUGAUUUCGGCAUACCGUACCGUUUCGCACGAGGCGUCGGCUAUUCUGGCAAAUCAGAUUCCGCUCGACAUUCUAGCUAAUGAGAGUGCUAGAAUUUACAAUGCGGAGAGUGGCCUCAGGGAGGAGGGCAUCGAACUGACCCCUAGAAUGCGCAUCGGCAUAAGGAAUAUGCAGAGGUCGGCGUUAAUUCAAUUAUGGAAGGAUAUCCUGGUAGAAAACAGCAAUAGGUUACCUGGAGGACGGGUCAGAAAUUGUCUAGUACCCAUACUGAGUGAUUGGAUGGCCAGAGGAAAAGAACUAGCAAUGUCCUUUAGAACCACUCAGGUAAUAACUGGACACAGCUGCUUCAACGUGUAUCUAUACAACAUCCGGAAAACAGGUUCUUCAGUAUGUUUGCACUGCGAGCGACGAAUAGAUACGGCGGACCACACGCUACUUGAAUGCGAUAGCUGGACGGAGGAGCGGGCUAAACAAGUUGAUGCAUUUGGGCUGGAUUUUACUCUAAAAAAAAUAUUUGAAGAAAGCCUGAAAGAGCCAUCUAAAUGGAAAGUCUUCACUGAUUAUUGUGAACAAGUAAUCAGGAAAAAAGAAGAAGCUAAAUGA